UUGUGGAUUUCUCUAUUUUCCUAUUAUUUAGCGUAACAAAAUAACUCCCUAAUUUAAUGAGAUUGUGGAGAACAUAUGAAAUUAUCUAUUAUUAUACUUUUUCUAAUUACAAUAUCUCACAAUAGAAGCCACAAUGAAUAUACAUUUGAAGGAAGCUUUUUCUCGAAUGAAACCAGUAUGUGAUAUGGUGAUGAUAAAUCCUUCUCCAGAUUAUAUUACGGAAUUUGAAUCUCUGGUUAGUGAAUUGAAGAUCGAUGUGCUGCAAGAACUCCAUCAAUAUAUGCUUUUCCCAUUUAUAACACACUUGCAAUCAAAGGAGAUAGAAAAUAAAUAUGAAAUGCAAAGAGUUCUUGUGCAUGGAAUGAAGGUUGUUAUCCAAAGGGUUAAGAUAACAAGUUAUGAAAUGUGCUUAAAGAUUGAGGUGGCCUUCAUGAACCUUAUAUUUGACAAAACUAAGAAGGGCAUGGUUGCAAAUGUCCCAGAGGAGUUGAAAUUAAGUGUGAUGGAGUGUCUUACAGCAUUGAUGAUAAACCUUGAGCCGAGUGUACGGCUGAAGUUGCUACAGACUCAGGUUCCACUGCUGGCACAGACAGUGUUUCUGUCGGUCCACCUGGCUAAAUUGGAAAAGCUAAGAACAUUGCGGCUGGCUGCAAUAGAUUCUGUGAAUGCGCACAUAGCAUGUCACAGAACACUAACUGAUAAAAUGGGCCGCAUAACAGACCCAGCUAUAGAGAAGGCCGUAGUGCACAUGACAUCAAGUAUAUUGCCCGGAGUGCUUGCUUCCUUGCAAGACGUUGCCACUUGCACCGACAACCCGGGGCAUGCUGUUAUUGUGGCAGCACUAGAUGCGAUAUGCAGGAUUUUAUGCCUCACAAUGAACGACAAAUUCUUCAGAACAAACAAAGAUAUUACACCAGAGGAUUUCAUGAAUUUGCUGAAGGACAAAGAAGAAGGGGAUGAUGAGGCCACAAGAGAUAGGAAAUUGAAAACUGCGACAAAGCUGUCUCGGGAGUGGUACACAAUGGCUGGGGAGAAGCUGAAGACGGUGAUCAAGAGUGUGGUGUUGCUGGUGACCCACGAACACCAUAGGGUCAGGAAGGAGUUAGCAGUCCUCUGUCACCGAGUCUUGGUGGAUUGCAGCGAAACAAUGUUGUCAUCCCUCCCACUAUGUGUAGAGGUGCUUAUUUGUUUGACCAAUGACCCAUACAUGGAGGUGUCAGAAUACUGCUCCAAAGCUGUCCAGGACCACUUCUCGAGAAACCCCGGAGUUGAGGCCAUGGAGAGUCUUCGGGAUAACUUCAUACUGGCCAUCAAUAACUUGCCCAGAGUGCUUAAUAAUAUAGACACAUCGCGUAAGCUAAACGCCCUGGACUCCGUACUCGGGUACGCGCGAGUACUAGCAGCGAGCGAGGUGCGGGCCGGAUGCGGGGGGCGGUCCGUCGAUGUGCGCCUAGGAGGCGUGGCCGGGGGGCGGGCGCUCCCGUACGACCGCCUGCGCCCCGCCGCGCUCGCACUCGUCGCCGCUGCGGCGCUGGACGUGCCACCACAGCUGCUCGCGCGACGCACCGCGUGUGAGGCGGCGGAGGCUGUGGCGUGCGCGGGCGGCGAGCGCGGCACGCCGUGGCGGUCACUGCUCAACGUAGACCCCGGCUUACCUGAGGAGCGUUUACGCGCGGUGUGCGGCGCGCUGGGCUCGCUGUCGGCAGCGGCGUUGCUGUUCGACGUGCUGCUUGACGAACUUCGUGCGGGAGCCACAGAGCCCAUACUGCUUAUAAACUGGAUCGCUACAGGUCCGGACACAGACGAGUCGCUGGCUCGGCGACUGGUGUGCGAGUACACCGCGGAGGAGGUGUGGGCGUGCCCGCUCGAGGACCCCACCCCCGCCCCGCCCCCCGACACGUAUGACGUCACCGUGUACGACCCACACGCGUGGACCAAGGACAGCGUGCCUGGUUUAUACGAGGGCGCGACGGAGACGCGGUACACGGGCAUCAGCUACCUCCACCCGCGGCGGCCGCAGUCCCGCGCGAGUGCGGCGGCGGCGCGGCGCGGCGUGCUGCGGCGGUGUUUAAUGGCGGAGGGCUUGGAGCUGGCGGCGCGACGCCUCGGCCCCGCUUACCGCCCGCACUUGCUGCGUACGCUCACGCUCGUGCUAGAGGCUGUCGGCAGCAAAUUCGAGUUUGUGUCGAUGGCGGGCGCGCACGCACUGGCGAACAUCGCGGUCGCGCUCGGCCACGCCUCCGUCGGCGCGCUCAUCGCCGAAAACGCUGACUACUGUACCAAUCAGAUCGCUACUAGACUAAAAAAGGCGUGGAGUAUCAGUUCGGCGCUGGAGAUGUUGUCCGUGGUGAUACAGUACAGCGACGUCGCCAUACUCGAAUACCUGCACGGCAUCGUUGACGACGUUCUAGUGCAGAGCUGCGACAGAUAUUACCAGCAAGAUCUGUACUCGUUUCUGCUGGUGUUCCACACGUUUGUGGCCCGUCUCAGACAGUGGUUCCCGGAAGAAACGAAACCGGAAGACCCAGAACAGAUUCAUAUCCUAAAUGAUCUCAACGAAUACAUUCAAAACCAGAGGGAGGCAGAGAAAUUAAUGGCGGCAGAAGAAAUGGAAGAUGCGGGGAAGAGCGCAGAAGAAAUGUACAGGGAGGACGAGCUUAGAAGAGAAGAAGAGAUGCUAGACUACGAUGACAACGUUGAGCCGGAAGCAGCGCCGCUGCCGCAACACGCGCGCGCGGUGGUGUACGUAGCGGAGCGCUGCGUGCAGUUCGCGGCGAGCGGCGACAGCGGGUGUGCGGCGCUCGCGUUGCGCGUACUGAGCGAGGCGUUCCCGCUGUUGGCCUCGCACGAGGACGCGCUGUUGCCGCUCGCGCACGCCGCGUGGGUACCGCUCGCUGCGGCCGCACGCGCCGACCCGCCCGUGCUGCGCGCCGCGCUGCAGUUAUUGCGAGUGUUGGCGAGGCUCUGCGGCGACUUCAUACGCAGCCGCACUGUAAAGGACAUCCUGCCAUCCCUUCACUCGUUCCUGCGCAAGUCGUCGUCGGACAGUUACCUGCAGGACGCGGGCGCGGCGUACCGCCUGUCCCGGGCGUACGCGCUGCAGCUCGCCGUGCUGGAGGACGUGCCGGCGCUGGUGAUGCACCUGCAGCUCGACGAGGACACCAUGGAGGAGACCAUGAGCUGCGUGAGGCUGUACCUCAGCAGGAAGCAGCCGAGACCGCUGCAGGAGCUAGCGGUGAGGUGCUUCAAGAAGUUUCUGGAAUACAACUACGGCGCCGCGUGGCAACAUCUGCGGCGGUUGUGCAACAACCAGAGCUCGCUCGAGCCCCCGACCGUGUCCGACGAGUCUGACAUACAGCUGGUGACCGUGUACGGCACGCCUUACGAGACCGCCGACACGGACUUCGACAGCAACAUACGACUGAUCUUCGACAUCAAAUAGACUUAAGCUGUCCGCGUCCUAGCUGUCGAGUGACGACAUGGACAGGACAGAUGAAGGUAUUGUUGAUAGGCUGUAAACAGCCCGAGUUCAAUGAACUUCAUUCGUUUUGGCUUUAAAAAUCAGAGCUAUUUAGCCUGUUGAUCGAAUGGACUCUUCGAUGUUUUUGAAUGUUAAAAUACGUAGCGGCCUCGUGCUUUAGAGAUAAGCAACUGAAAACUCAUUGCGAAUUUAAUGUAGUGAAGAAUCUCGAAUAUUAUGUGUAAAUUAUAAUAUAUAUCUGUCAUAUUUCGAUGACGAUGUAGCUUAUUUUUUUAACCUCCGUUUCAUUCCAGUGUUAAAUUAUUGUUUCCAGUGUUUUAUUCGUCGUAAGGAGUAUCAAAACACUGGAAUGAAACAUUUCUCUUUAGGAUAGAAACAUUGGAUCAGUUUUGAAUGUGUAAAUAAAACCCAAGACAGGCAGUAGGUACUUAUUUUAUUUUUAUUGUUUUAUAAAAACAUUAAUAGUCACUAAAAACAAAUAUACCCAUCGGCCAUCACUUAUAUGAGUCGCACUCGCGAAACUUACGCACUUAGCUCACUGAUUGCCACAAAAAAGAUAGAACGAGAUGCAACAUAACGCCGCAUUGCCAUUCUUGAAGAUCUGUCACCCGCUUCGUGCGGCGUCAGUGACCUAAGCGCAGUGGCAAUAGCAUCAGAAAACCGAUAUGGCAAAUAUGCACUUCAAUUGGGCGAUCCUGGGUGCUAUCCGAGGCUAAAUAAGAUCAUAAUAGUUCACUCGUUAAAUCUUAUAUUCACGUAUAAAUUUAUGAUAAAUUGAGACUUAUGUAUUAACUUGACUGUGUUGUUAUUGUAAAAAAUCUAUUGGUGCCAUGAAUUCUAGUCCAUUAUUUGUAGUAAUUGUUUAUGUUGUACCAGAAGAUAACAAAAUGCAGAAAUUAUUUUAAAAUCCUUACAAUACAUAAAACGUUACAUCUAUUAAAUGUAGCAAAUCUUGUGUCAAACAUCUUGAUUUAGAAAAUAAUUAUAGGUAAUGCUUUUUUAAAUCAGAAAGUCUUUAUUUUAAUUUUAAACGGUGGUUGUACAUUGACUAUAGUGCUGAACCAGACGGGAAUCCUACACGCCUACUACUAUAUCGAUGUAAACAACCUUUAUAUUAAUUAUCUAGUUUUGACUUUUUUGCCUAGUAUAGCCUAUAAGGUACAUUCUAAGCUAGUCUUUUUGGUAACUUAAUAAAAAAAUUAGAACAUUGAACAGUCCAAAAUAUUUCAUCUAAAUGUAAGCUUUGUAUAUACUCGCAAAGACUGUUCGGAUUUUAAUGUUAGCUGUUAAACUAGAUUAUUAAUAUAGUAACUAAAUUCUUGUUGUCUUGGUGUAUUUUAUGGAGGCACUUCACUUGGCUAUUUGUAUUUGCGUAUUUGAUGUAUUCGCCAAACAAUCACCAUGUGUAGACGGUAUAUUUGACAAAUAUUGGCCUUAUUUGCCUAUUUGACAAAUAUGACAAAUACCAAAUACACCCGUACCUUUGUCGGUUUUUGACACACAUCAAACGAGUCAAAUAGGCAAGUAAAGAAAAUCAGGUAAAAGUUUGGUAUUUGACGUCCAUGUGUGGAUGGUCGUAUUUGCCUAUAUUUGCUUGUUUGCGUAUUCGUCAAUAAUGUUGUCAAAUACAACAAAUAGCCAAUAGCAAAUACAAAUAGCCAUGUGAAGUGCCUCCAUUAUAUUAUGUAGUUUCGAAAAUGACCACUUCAAAUUUUAAACCAUAGAAACCAUAGCCUAAGU